AUGGAGAAUUCAGCCGAGGAUAAACCCAAGCCUGCCGUGUCCCAGCGAUGGGUGCAAAUCCAGGAGAAGACCUUUAUAAACUGGUGCAACGAGCAGCUGAAACCCACGGGGAAGAAACUGGAGAAUCUCCGCACGGACUUGGAGGACGGCUUGAUCCUGAUCGCCUUGAUGGAUCAGAUGAUGGCGUCGCGGGGCGGGGCCCUCUACAAGAGGCAGAGUCGGUACAGCAAGAACCCCAAGAUGAGGGCCCAGAAGUUGGAGAACAUCACUCACGCCUUGCAGAUGAUGGAACGGGAAGGCAUCAAGUUAGUCAACAUCGGGACGGAAGACAUCAUAGAUGGUAAUGUCAAGCUGAUUCUAGGUAUCAUGUGGCGACUGAUUCAGAAGUACCAGAUCAGCACGGGAUCCUCCAAGCAAGCGAAGGUGCCCAGCAAGAAGUCCAUGUUGGAUUGGAUGGACGCUGUCUUACCAGACAGACGUAUCACAAACUUCACCACGGAUUGGAAUGACGGAACAGCACUCAGCGCCUUGAUCAAUUACUGUGACCCUACGCUGAUGACCGACUUCAAAUCUAUGAGCCCGACCAACGCCCACGACAACUGCAUCCGGGCCAUGCAGCUGGCUAAAGAGAAAUUUGAAAUCCCGAUGAUCGUCUCCCCAGAGGACAUGUGCAACCCUCACAUUGAUGAACUGAGUGGGAUGACGUACCUGUCUUAUUUUCUGCGGACUGAGGGGCCGGGAUGGUACGCCACCCUGAACUGGGUCCGUAAGAAAGUCCCAGAAAUGAACGUGCAAAAUUUUCAGAGUGAUUGGAAUGAUGGGCGUGUCUUGUGCGCACUGGCGGAGGCUGUAGCGGAGGGGGCCUGCCCCGAAUGGAAGGAGCUCAAUAAGGACGACAAGCUGGCCAACUGCCAAAAAGGUAUUGAAGCAGGGAAGAAGCUGGGCAUCAAACACACCCUGAGCGCUCGGGAGUUCACGAGCCCAGACGUGGAUGAGCUAGGGGUGAUGUCAUAUGCCGCUCGCUUCCAGCAUACGCCCCCAUGGCCAAAGGAAGCGUCCUAUGUGGUGCAUAGUGAACCACCACCUCCCAAGGUAAACUGGGGCGAGUGCAUACAGCUGACCAGCGUAAGAGUGCAAGACCGCGUGACAUCUGGACACAACGCCCUGAAAACAACUCUGCAAGGAACCGUCAAUGUUCCGGUCAUCCUAAGACUGAACGUGAUCAACAGCAAGGCGACUCUGAAGGACAUACGGGCCGAUCUUCAAGCCCCCGGCCAACCCAUCGCUAUCGCCCUCAAGGCCCUGUCUGAAGACCAAGUGGAGACCACCUUCACGCCCCUGCAGGAGGGACUUCACAAGUUGACAAUAUGGUGUAAGGAUGAGAAUGUGGAUGGCUUUCCCAUCGACUUUCUGAUAGAGCCGGACAAGACAUCGUAUCCUAGGAACAUCCGUAUCGGCACCAUGUCUUCAGCUGCCGUCGGGGAGCAGUUACAGUUCCAGGUUGAUGUUGCGGAAGCAGGGCACGGGGAGCUGUCGGUUGAGAUCAGCAAUGGAUUCACCCAGCUGCCGGUCCGCAUCGUGCGACAGGGAAAGGUGUACACGGUCCACACGAUGGCCAAGGAGUGCGGCACGUACAGCGUCUACAUCAAGUGGAAUGGAGAGGAUAUCACAGAUAAUCCGAUGCAGAUUGAGGUCCACGACGCGUCGCAGUGUAUCGCUACCGGUGAGGGUCUUUCCAAAGCUAGGGAAGACCAGCCAACUGUCUUCAAUGUAGACACGCGCAAAGCCGGCAAGGGAGAGCUAAGGGUAGUUGUAGAAGGUCCCCACUCUAUUGCCAAAUGCAGCAUUGACAGAAAUAGCAACGGCACGUACACCGUGACCUAUGUGCCUGUAGAGGUCGGCCUGUUUAGCAUAAAGGUCACGUGGAACGGCAAAGACAUCUAUGGGAGCCCGUUUCACCCUAAGGUCACUGACUCGCGUAAGGUGCGUGUUAUGGGGGGUCACGUGCCCGGCAUGGGGGACAACGGAAUGAUCCACAUGAUGGCGAGCAAGGCCUACAUACUGGAACUGGGCACCGCAGAGGCUGGGCCGGGCAAGAUGGUUGCUGAGUUACAGACGCCUAGCAACCGGAGAACGCAGCUGCCAAUUGAUGUGGAGGCGGACGGGACAGUCACGAUCAGAUUUGUACCGGACGAGGAAGGAGACUACAUGCUACGGAUCCUGUGGUCAGGCAACCCCAUCAAGGGUUCCCCGUACAGGAUGACAUGCAGGAGGCAGCGGGUACCAAUCGACCACACCCAGGUCAAAUGUCACGGCGUUGGCCUGCAACAGAGUAAAGUCUUGCAGCAGAGUGAAUUCAUCUUGGACGGAUCGCUGGCCGGACCGGGUUCCCCGGGUGUGCGGAUGAGCGGAGUCAAAUCUGAUGUUGUUGUGACUCUCAUACCGCAAGGAGGCAAUGUCUACAAGGCUAUCUACACACCUGAGGUCUCAGGUGCAUAUCUUCUUCACUUGACGUGGUCCGACAGACAGGUGCCUGGAUCUCCGUUCAAAGUGACCGUCGGAGAGAGUGCCCGGGCUAGUCGAGUGACCGCUAGCGGGGCGGCACUCAAGACCAUCGUGGCUAACCAGACCUCCCGACUGGUCAUCGAUAGCAGAGAGGCUGGCUCCGGUGAAUUGACGGCGCGCUGUAUCGGUCCCAGCUCAAUGGCAGAGGUGCACAUUGGAGACAAUCGUAACGGCACCUACUCACUGCUAAUCAGUCCCUCGGAGCACGGUAGGCACACGCUGGAGGUGAAAUAUGGAGAGGAACACAUCCAAGGGAGUCCGUUCUCACUCCGUGUUGCAGCGGCUCCAGACGCCAGUAAGGUUCGUUGCUUUGGACCGGGGUUGAACCACGGCGUGCUGUCCACGUUCAACGGCAGGUUUAUCUGUGAAACGAAGGGAGCCGGGGCCGGACAGCUGAAAGUCAGGGUGCACGGACCCAAAGGAGCUUUCAAGGUAGAGAUGCGACGGAGUGACACCAAGGACCGCACCAUCGACGUCCGCUACAACCCCGAGGAGAGUGGGGAGUUCGCCAUCCAGGUCAAGUGGUCUGACAAGCACGUGCCCGGUUCCCCGUUCCUCAUCAAGGUAGUGGAUACCAGGGAAGAACUGGAAGCGCUCAUGAGAGAGAUGUCGUCCUUCAACGAGAGACCGGUUAAGCAGAACGGCUGGUCCGAGGAGAUAUGAAGUUGCGGACAACAGUGCCAUCUUUCCAUGUCUGCGUAUAAGGGUGGUAAAAUGAAAAAAGUGAGAAUUUCCACCCAUGAUGAAAAAUAGUACACUACUCUUAAGAACUAUGUGCCACAUGGAAAAUAAAAAUCGUCUUAACUUCCCCCUUACUUACUUUGUCAAGUAAUACAUAUGAUGGAAACAAUUUUUUUGGUAAUACAAGAAUUGUAAUACUCAGGAGUUUUCCGACUGAUGUGUGAUGGUAUUUGGAUUUUGUCGUGGCAGAAAAAUCCCUUUUAACAGAAACAGCUUUGUGGAAAUGAUCAUGUGUAUAUAGUGUAUACUUAAAAAAUCGGGUAUAUUUAGACUCAAAUUAGGCGAGCAACAUAGUUUUAGUGAACAAAAUUGAGCUGCGUUCUUGCUUAAAAUCCUUGCCGUUUGGACAAUUAAUCUCAGAGCUAAUUGGGAGCUUGUAAAAGAUUGCAAAAAUCAUAUUAUGAAGUAUGGGGCACCUAAUUUACAAAAUUGCAGGAUUAUAUUUUUUGACAUUGUAAAGUAAAUGGACCAACAGGUGAUAGUUUUCAAUUGUGAUCUUAAUUGUAAAUAUCGCUGAUUUUCAGUUUAUCCGUAAUUGAGUUUGGGUUCAGUCAUUCAAACAGUUUGAUGGUGUUAAUAAAAGGCAUGUACAUAGCAACAGAACUACCUAAGAUUGAAGUUUUUUUUGUACGUGAUGUUACCCUGAAAUCUCAGCCUGUACUGUAUUCCUAAAAACUUAGAAAUCCACUGAUGUCUCCAAUUUUUUUAAUUUUUUAUUUUAAGAAGUAUUAAAAUGGUUCAGUCCCUGCACAGUAGUCAUGCAAACACUGGUCAAAAGUUGUAGUGAUUUACUUUCAUAUUACAAUAUUAUAAAAAUUAUAUAGCAUUUACCUCUUAUUUAAUUGUACCUGUUAAAUUAUAAUUGUUAAUUGAAGUUUUUUCAUGUUAAUUUAGUCUUCCUUGUACAUACAUAAUGUUCGUUUUUGUGUGAUAGUAUUCAUUUUGAAAUGUGUUCAGCAUAGUUAUUAAAUAUUCAUUAUGUUUGUGUGAUUGUGGCACUUUCGAGCUUUGUGUAUAGAAUUGUAAUUAUAAGUAAUAAAAUUAAUACUCUGGGCUAAUUUAGGUCAUAUUUCUUUUAGAAAAAUGGUUCUGUUUGUAAUACAAAUAUCUUAAGGAAUAGUUCACACACAUAAUGGCAAAUUUAAAGUGAUUUUAACAAAACUGGCACCUUUUUAUAUUACAAAUCACGAUUUAAAAAAAAAAUGUAUUUUAAGGCUACAUACAUUGGUCUUAUUGAACUUUGAUUUGAGGGUAAUUUGUUUGUAAAAAUGUUAAUUAAGACAUCAUUUAGCCUUUAAGUAAUCACUAGUAUGAAUCUGUUUGAUGGAAUUUGGAUAGUUAAGGUGACAAUUUGGAAGAAUUACCUUUGAAAAUGAUAAAACAAGUUUCACAGAUACAUACUGAUCCAUUAACUCCCCGCACUAAAUAAGUGUUCUUUUUUGUGUAGUUCUUUAUAGUUUAUACAGCUAAGCCUGAACUUGAAUAUCCUAAAUGUAUGUCUAUGGUUAAACUGAAAGCUUGAUUUUAAAAUUAAUUUUGAACCAAAGUGCAUUUAAUCAGCAUAUACUAUUAAUACAACACAAAUUAGGCCUACUCAAAGUCAAUUCAAGUUUCAUGCAAGUCUCUACCAACUUUGGUAGUGAAAAUUAGGUUUGGUUCAUCACUAUUGAGUCUUUGCAACAUCUAUGAUAAUUGAACCACGCCCAUUUUUUAAAUUUUUUUUUUUUUGGAAAUCGCUUCUGACGCUUUUUUUUUUUAUAUUUGACGAAGUAUUUUGCAACAUGUCCACUUUAAGCGUCUUAUCUAAACUUUGAUUUAUCCAUGAUCUAACCAACCUGGCUUUUUUAAUUUUGCUUUCCGCUUUUCCAAUUCAUAAUUUUUGGUUCGUUCUUUUUUCUGAUAGCAUGUUUUCAAGUGAAUCUUAUAAAAAAAAGGAGAAUUUUAAAAACACUGGCAAAUUUACCCUGAUUUUUUUUAUUGCUUGUUUCUUUUCGUUUUUGUUUAUGUUUUGUUUUUAUUUACUGAGCCAUAACUUCAGUACUGUUACUAAUAACACUGAAUUAAGCUUAUGCAUUUAUAUGUAUAUUCGUAAUUUGUAUGGAAGCCUUAAGAAUAAUAAAAUUUGGUCAGAUUUCGAGACAA